CCUAGCAAGUUUCUCUAGUGGCCCAAUUAUUGCCUCCGUAUGGAAGAGGACAAAUUAGUCCGAUGGUGGGAAAAAAAUGGGUGCGCAUAGUAUGUUUGGAGGUGCGCGGAGAAGGCUCGUUACAAAAAUAAACUUGGCCCAGUGUCCAACCAGGGAACAAGCCUUGCUGGAGUGCAACAAGUGCCUGCAGCGUGUAAACAAGCAGCAAGAAUCGACCCUGAGGUACCACCGCUCCAUUCGCUCCAACUUUUGCGAACCGACCAAAGGAGAGGCACCACCGCGCGUCGCCAGACAUCCGCCGGAUCACGGAGGUCGACCGACGGUGGGUCUGUGGCGGUGGAUAUAGCUCCCAAAAAGCAGUCCAUUCUUAAAUCUCUCAUUGGCUAUUGCUCAAGAAAUUGAGCUCCGCCCCUGUUUGUGUGUGUUCCAUGCUCGUGAAUAGUGGGUUAAAAGAGUGAGAAAGUUGAAUACUUCUGUCAAUGGAGUACAGGAGAAUUAAAGAUCAGGACAAGCAUGAGGCAUCUGUUGAUGACAUUGAAAGCUUACCCACGAAAGCUGUUUCAGGCUCUCUUAAUAUCAUGCCCGCAGUAGGGGCAAGCCCAGGUGACCGAUCUAAGUGGAAGCGCAAGUCAAUGGUGACGCUUGCAUUGACCGUGCUUACUAGUUCACAAGCAAUACUCAUUGUCUGGUCAAAGAGAGCUGGAAAGUAUGAGUACAGUGUUACAACUGCAAACUUUUUGGUAGAGGCUCUGAAGUGUGCACUGUCACUUGCAGCUUUAAUGAGAAUCUGGAGAAAAGACGGCGUUACUGAUGAUAACAGGUUAAGCACUACAUAUGAUGAGGUCAGUGUUUAUCCAAUUCCCGCUGCUCUGUACCUUUGCAAGAAUUUACUGCAGUAUUACAUAUUUGCAUAUGUAGAUGCUCCUGGAUAUCAGAUACUAAAGAACUUGAACAUUAUCAGCACUGGUGUUUUGUAUCAAAUUAUUCUUAAGAGGAAGUUGAGUGAGGUUCAAUGGGCAGCUUUCAUUUUACUUUGUGCAGGAUGUACAACAGCACAACUUAAUCCUAGCUCUGAUCAUAUUCUCCAAAGUCCUGUUCAAGGUUGGCUUAUGGCUAUUGUUAUGGCUCUUCUAAGUGGUUUUGCUGGAGUUUACACAGAGGCAAUAAUAAAGAACCGGCCUUCAAGGAAUAUUAAUGUUCAAAACUUCUGGCUAUAUGUCUUUGGAAUGGUCUUCAAUGCUAUUGCAAUAGUCAUUCAGGAUUUUGACGAAGUUGUGGACAAGGGUUUCUUCCAUGGAUAUUCACUUAUUACAGUUCUCAUGAUUCUCAACCAUGCACUGAGUGGUCUAGCUGUAUCAAUGGUAAUGAAGUACGCUGACAAUAUUGUGAAGGUAUAUGCUACUUCUGUUGCAAUGCUACUGACAGCUGUUGUAUCAGUAUUCCUUUUUGGAUUUCAUCUUUCACUCGCUUUCUUUCUGGGAUCAACUGUUGUAUCAGUCUCUGUGUAUUUGCACUCCAUCGGAAAACUCCAGAGAUAACAAAAAAAAUCAAUGCAUUUCAUCUCGCUUUGUUGAGUAGGAGCGAUUGUGCAUCACUUGAUCCAUGCUUGGUUUUCUAUCGGCAGUUGACAUUGGAAAGGCACAUUUUCUGGAGACGUGGUAUUUUUGGGGUAAUGGAGCUUUGGAUCUCCAUCUCUGUCUAUGGUUGAUAGCUUUUUAUGGACUGAUUUCGGUGGCUUCAUAGUUCAGAAUAUUCUGUAGAUAUGUUUCUACAGUGCCAGCACAAUUUUGACUUCGGAUAUAAAUGUUUCUAUUAUUCGUUUGGAUAAUUGUUAUUAUUGUCCAUUCAUUAAUUAUUAGCUUAUUACUCUCUUCCGUAUUUCAUUAUUUGCAACAUUAGAAUAUAUACACUAUUCAUGUACUUUACUUUGACUACAUUUUAUUUAUUAAUGCAUGUGAAUUAUUUUUUUUGAAA